AGUCUUUCUUAUACUUUUUAUUCAUAAAUCAGACAGACAAAGUAAAGACGUUUAAUACUUUUUAAUAUGAAAUUCAUAUUUAUUGUCAUAUUUUUAACGGAUUAUUUUGAAACAAUAAAUGCACAGUGUUCAAAUAGAGAAAUUGGUGAGCAAAGUCCUAAGGGCAAAUCGGGUUCUUCUGAUAAUCUUUCAGAUGUUGGGUAUAUUUUGCGUGGAGAUGACGUCGACUACAAUGUGGACUGUUGCGGCACAAUAACAAAUUGGGAUUUAGUCGCCUCUCAAGCUGGGACUGUCUAUUUACAAGUAUGGCGGCCAACCACAGGAAAUGAUUAUGUACUGGUUGGAGAAAACGUAAUAGCUGUUGCUGCCGGUGAAAACCCGACAUUGAAUAUUGCAGCUGGUGAUCAAAUUUCUGUUCGUCCUAGGGAUAGGAUUGGAUG